AUGCAGCAGCAAGUACAGUUUCUUCGAGCAAUCGCAAGCAAUGCAGGAGCUUCAACUUCAUCGAUUCCUUCUACAAACAACGAAGUACAGAACGACACUCCAUCGCUUCCAGAUUUGAGGCUGCCCAGAAUGAAUCUGCCGAUUUUUAGCGGUAACUUUUUGGAAUGGCAGUCGUUUUACGAUCUCUUCAGUGGAUCCGUGCAUCAAAAUCCAUCGCUACGCCCGAGCCAGAAACUGUACUUCCUCAAAACACAUUUGGCAGGUGAAGCAGCAACGUUAAUUUCACACCUAAAUUUGGAGGAUGCCAAUUACCAACCAGCACUCCAAAAACUUCGAGAGCGAUACAACAAACCCCGCGAGAUAGCUAAUCUGCACAUCACUCGAUUCUUGAGCCAGCCACAUUUGACAGCUUCGUCCCCCUCUGGCUUGCGCUCCCUGCACGAUGUUUCAGAUGAAGUAAAUCGGGCCUUGACAGCUCUGGAACGUGAAGGAAGAGAUAUUUGGUUAAUGCACAUCAUCUACGAAAAGCUGAAUGCGCACACUAAAGAAUUGUGGUGCCAGAAAAUAGUUGAGCUUGAGGAGGAUGCCGUCAACUUUGAUGCGUUGUUAAGGUUCAUCGAUAAUCGAAGCUCCGCUCUGCAAUCGUCGCAACGCUCCCGAAUUUCCAGCACUGCUCCAAACAGCAAGCCACAGAUAUCAAAGCCUCAGUAUAGACCAUCUUCUGUUCUUGUGGCCACAAACCAAAUACAAUUAAAUUGUGGCAUUUGCUCGAAACCAGGCCACCAGCCGUACCAAUGCGAUAUGUUUACACACACUAGCUCAUCUGACCGAUUUUCUAUGGUUUCUAGGCACUGUUUGAGACAUCAUAGUGGCGAGGCGUGCAAGGCUGGUUCCUGUCGAAAAUGUGGUCAGAUGCACCAUACUCUACUUCACAACGCCUUUCAACCCGCAGCACAGUUCACAUCGACCCAAGCACCCGUUUCUAAUCCUCCUCAAGCCCUCAUUUCAGCCAUCAAUUUAGCCGACCAUCUCGAUGGUACGAAUGUGCUUCUCUUGACAGCUACCAUUGAUGUUUUCGAUAAAUAUGGUCGCCCCCAUUCCGUUCGCGGAGUGCUCGAUUGCGCGUCGCAUCUCAGCUUCAUCAGGAAAGAUUUAUGCGAUCAACUCGGCAUUGAAAAAUCCCCCAUCAACCUAGACUUUCAGGGGAUUUCAUCCACAAGCGCACACUCUAGUAUGGAAGUUUCAAUUACAAUUACCUCCAGAUGUUCGCCCUACUGGGCCAAUGUACCCUGCGCUAUACUGGAUCGAAUAUCUGCCGAUCUUCCACUAUGCCCAGUGAACAUCGACGAUUGGCCAAUUCCGGAUUCCGUUUAUUUAGCUGACCCGCAGUUUCAUAAUCCCGGAAGAGAUAGCGUGAUUUUGGGCCUUCAGCCAUUCCUUGAGCUACUGGAACCUGGGCGAAUUAACCUUGAUUCCACCGGUCGGCUACCUAUUCUUCAGCACACGAAACUAGGAUGGGUAGUUUCAGGUCGUUACGAGGAACCUUUACAUUCGUCUCCGGUUAUCUCCACCUGCCUAAUAACCUCUGUAGACAACCACCUUUCUCGGCAGUUGCAGAAGUUUUUUGGAAUAGAAGAGUACAUGCACCAAGGAGCUCACUUCAGUGAGGAGGAGAAGGCCUGUGAGGCACAUUUCGAGCUGCAUGCCAUUCACGAUAACGCCGGUCGAUUUCAAGUUCGUCUUCCUUGUCGCGAAGACCCUACAUUGCUCGGGGAAUCUCGCAACAUCGCUAUUAGGCACCGAGAGCAAAUUAAACGAAAGCUAGUUAGAACUCAUCUGCUUAUGAGCCAGUAUCACUGCUUUCUACGUGAAUAUCUCGAUGCUGGCCACAUGUCUCUCGCCAAAACACCGCAUCCGCAUCAUUGUGUCCUGAAAGAAUCUAGCUCCACUACAAAAUAUUGCGUCGUGUUAAUGAUUGGUCCUGUUCUCCAAGAUUCGCUUAUCGAUAUUCUGCUGCGAUUUCGAUUCCCAGUAGUAGCGUUAACAGGUGAUAUACAGCAGAUGUACCGUAUGGUACAGGUGGCUAUGGAAGAUCGCGAAUACCAGCAAAUAUUGUGGCGAUGGAAGGCAGAGGACACCAUUGAUGAGCACACACUGAACACUGUAACCUACGGUACGAAAACGGCGUCAUACCUUGCAACGAAAUGCGUGCAACAGCUGCUUAACCAGUAUGCAAGGAGUGCCUUCACCGUGGUUCAGAAGACAUUGAAGGGGACCUAUGUUGAUGAGGUUUUAACUGGUGCAGACUCUCCGGAAGAAGCUUGGCAGUUGAGGCGACAGCUUUCAGAAAAAUUUGCGUCCGUUGGAUUCCAUUUACGGAAGUGGGCGUCCAAUUGCACAGCAGCCCUAGAAGGAGUACCUAAAGCGGAUUUGCAAAUAAGGAACUAA